AUGUCGUACUGGGGCUACUCGGGCUGCGUGGAUAAGGUCACGUGGGAGGUGCACCGUGCGGUUACCGGUUUCGCCAGGCCGUGGGUUACUUCGCUGUGGGGCGGCAUUAUCGCGGAUAAAGAUAGGCCAUGGGUGGAACAGCAAUUAGACUGCCAGUUCCGUUCCCCCAACGGUUCUAUCGCCCCCCCCAGCCCCUGGUACAGCAUCAACUUCUUCCCCUUCAAGUCCAUAUUCGGGCUGCGCGCGUGCCUGGACUUUGGCGCCGCCUUCCCCGCGCAGAUGGCGCAGAUGCUCGCCACAGGCCGCGCCGUCAGCUCCCCCGCUGUCCUCGCGCCCAACGGACGCCUGGGAUUUCUGUACGCAUUUCCGAUGUUCCGAAGGCCAAUAUCGGAGGGGGCGGGCAGGGAGGAGGUGGAGGCGAGUGUGGCGGGGUUCAUCGGGUGCGGGCUGGACGUGGGGCUGCUUGUGUCGCACGCCCUAGUAGACGUUCUGCACAACGAUUCCGACAUCUUCUCUCUCGCGCUAUUUGACGUAACCGAACCAGCCCAGCCCGUCCCGCUCAACGCCCCAAACGACUCCUCCCAGCAACCACCCAACCACCUCUUCACCUCGCCCAAUCCCGCCUUCCCGAACCUCAACUACAGCGUCGCCGAGCCUUUCCCCGAGCCUGUCGUGGGGCGGCACAUCCAAGCCUACUGCUCCCACCUCGUCCCGGGCAGCACAUGGGCGCUCCUCUACGCUCCCCUCCUCCUCGCGCUCCUCGUGCUCCUCGUCUCCGCCCUCCUCUCCGUCAUCAUCCUCGUUCUCCGCCGGAAAGGUGCGGCAAUCGGCGCGGAAAUGCGCGCCGCGGAGGAGUACACUCUCCUCUUAGAACGCGCCGAGCGGGCCAAAAGCGAGAGCAUCGCGUGUUUAAGCCACGACCUGCGCACCCCGUUCAAUGGGAUGCUGGGGAUGAUGGACGAAUUACUAGACACUCAACUCGAGGAGUGGCAGAUGAGGGAUGUGGUGGACGCGAGGACGUAUGCGGCGUCGGUCAUCGGGCUGCUGAGCACGAUUCUGGACCUGGCCAAGCUGCAGGCGGAUAGGCUGGAGUUAGAUUCCGUCCCCUUUAGUCUUCAUCAGUGCUUGGAGACGGCUGCCCGGUCGCUGUUCGCUGACGCACAAGACAGACACCUGGAAUGUGAGUACAUAGGGCCUGUCUGGUCGCGCCAUCAAGAGCACGCUAUCCGGCCGUGCAGCCUUCCACAUCUGAUGCCUGUCCGCCCUUUUCAGGCGCCUCAAGGGUCCUCUCCUCUCCAUCCACCCUCUCCAUCCCCUUCCCACAUGCCCUCACCAUCCCCUUCCCACAUGCCCUCACCAUCCCCUUCCCACAUGCCCUCACCAUCCCCUUCCCACAUGCCCCUCACCAUCCCCUUCCCACAUGCCCUCACCAUCCCCUUCCCACAUGCCCCUCACCAUCCCCUUCCCACAUGCCCUCACCAUCCCCUUCCCACAUGCCCCUCCCUUCCCAUAUGUCUUUCCCCCACAUGCUCUCCCCUUCCCCAUGCCCCCAGGUCACGCCAUCAAGAGCACACUAUCCAGCCGUGCAGCCUUCCACAUAUGGUGCCUGCCCGCCCAUUUGGGGCCCCUCAAGUGCCCCUCUACCUUCCCACAUUACCCUCACAUCACAUGCCCUCUCCCUUGCCGUUCCCCGUACCCCCCCCAGGUCACGCCAUCAAGAGCACCCUAUCCGGCCAUGCAGCCUUCCACAUCUGGUGCCUGCCCGCCCAUCCCUCCACCACCACACCCAAACCUGCUGCUCCCGCUCCCACCGCCGCUGCUACCCACGCUGCUGCUGCUUCUGAGGGGCUGCCGCAGCACGCACAUUGGAAGGCUCGUAUCCCGACGGAUGAAAAGGCGGCGACAGAACGUGCAGGGGAGGAGGGAGAUGAAGACGAGAGAGAUGAACACGAGGAGGAGGAGGACGACGAAGAGGAGGAUGAGGGGGAUGAGGGGGAUGAGGAGGAUGAGGAGGAUGAGGAGGAGGAAGAGGAGGAGCUAGGAGCCGAGCAUCCAACCAACCCCUCUCGCAGGCCUCCUGAGUCAGCCAAGUCAAGCCAAUCAACGGGGGCCACACGGGGGGGUUCGGGGGCACCAGAGGCUUCGGAAGAGGGUGUGGGGACCACCAUCCUAGUCAGCCUACCAAUGAGAGCACGACACCUGGCAGGAGAUGACACCUCCCCAGUGGAUGAAGCCACAACUGGAGAUGCCGGGCCUUGGCUCGAGGCUCGGCGGAGCGUUUUAGGUUCGGUCCGAGGUAAGCGCGCGUUGGUGGUGGAUGGGAUGAGGCUGAGGAGGGAGGCUGUGUGCGAGUGUUUGAGGUACCUUGGGAUCUCCGUGUCUGUAGCUGCUACAGCCAGGCAGGCGGGGAUUUUGUUGAUGGGCAGUAGCAGCUGUAGCAGUGGCAGGAGCAGUUGGAGGGGUGGGUCGGGGAGGAGGAGAGUGAGGGUGGGGGAUGGGGAAGAGGAGGAGGAUGAGGAGGAGGAAGAGGAGGAGGAGGAGGAGGAGGAGGAGGAGGAGGAGGAGGAGGAGGGGUUUGAGGAGAGGGAGCUGGGUUGGCAAGAGGAAGGGCAUAGUUCUAAUGUGCAUGCCGCUGGCAGCGAGAGUGCUGGUAACGGGGGCAAUCGUAGAAGCAGCAAUGGUAACAGUAAGAAUGUCAAUAGUAACAGCAGCAGCAGCAGCAGCAGCAGCAGCCAUACUCUUGCCAUUCCGAAACGAAGCAAUACCGCUGCCGAUCCCAAGGGAAGGAGCAACCGAGUGACCCUCGCCGUUCCCACAAGUCCCACCAAGCCCUUAGCAGCGAUUGCAAGGCUGGCCGGUUUCAGUAUAGACGAGGGUGAGGAAACGAGUGGUGCGACAGCUGAGAAUGGGGAAAGGAAGGGAGAGGAAGCAGGGGAGGGGAGGAAUGGAGAGGAGGGAGGAGAGGGAGAGGAGGGAGGGGAGGGAGAGGAAGGAGAGGAGGGAGAGGAGGGAGAGGAAGGAAAGGAGGGAGAGGAGGGAGAGCAAGGAGAGCAGAGGAGUUGGGACGUGGUGUUUAUCGAAGCAGACGCGUUCGGCCCGGCAACAGGGUUUGAGUUCGGCAAGCGAGUGAUUACCCACUGGCAGCACCAGCAGCACCCGGGGGGGCGAGAAACGCCGCCACCGUCCCCCACCACUCCGCACCCCUCCUCCUUCCCUUCAAGCUCGUCCAACCCAUCGGUUUCCCCGCCGCCUGCUCUGCUUCCCAUGCCGCUGCCGCUCCCAUCGCCGCACCCACUCCCCACACCAAACCCACUCCCCACACCAAACCCACUCCCCACGCCCCACCCGCUCCCCACAUCAAACUCGCUACCCACGCCGCACCCGCUGCCGCAGCUGCUUUCGAAUGUGUCACACCCGCCGCUGGUGCUGACCGGGAGGAGCGCGUGUGAGGGCGUGCAGGCACGCAAUGAAAGAGGGAGGGAGGUGUUGGUGGUGGACCACAACGCAGUGAACGGCGUGGUGGCCAGGAAGAGCCUCCCUCCUUACUUACCCCUCACCCCCCUUCCUUUCCCCCCUUCUCCUGCAGAGAGCUCAGAGCAAGAGGACCUCCCACAGCAGCUCUAUUCUCGCCUAGCACUCGAGGAUGCAUCAGCGGAAGGGGCAUGCUGGGCGGGAGGGAGAUUUUCGCCCCCUGCUCCACCCGGCUCUGGCCCUUCAGCUCCCACCACCGCAGCAGAGAGCUCAGAGCAAGAAGACCUCCCACAACAGCUCUUCUCCCGGCUGGCUCUAGAGGACGCAUCGGCCGUACUGAGAUCCAUGCUGGGCGGGAGGGAGGUGCUGGUGGUGGAUGACAACGCCAUGUUCGCCCCUUCUCUAGACGGGUCUGCCUCCUCGGCGUCCAACGCCCAGGCAGAGCAUGCAGACCAAGGGGAGGACCUCCCCCAGCAGCUUUUUUCCCGGCUGGUUUUAGAGGAUGCAUCGGCCGUCUUAAGGGAGAUGCUGGGCGGGAGGGAGGUGUUGGUGGUGGAUGACAACGCCGUGAACCGCGUGGUGGCCCGGAAGAGCCUGGUAGGGCUGGGGGCGCGCGUGGAGGUGGCUGCCUCUGGCGAGCUCGCGCUGCAGCGCCUGCUGCACCCCCACUCGUUCGUGCUCGCACUUGUGGAUAUCAACAUGCCUCCGGGCAUCGACGGCUUCGAGACAUGUCGUCACAUCAGGGCGCGAGAAGCUCUGCCGAACCCUCCCCUCCCUUCAGCCGCUGCUGCUGGUGCUUCCACAUCUGCAUCUGCUGCUGCUGCUGCUGCUUCCACUGCUCCUCCUCCUGACGCCGUCCCCCCGCGGCUGUGUGUGGUGGCUCUGACAGCAGACCUGGAUGCGAGAAUCCGCAAGGCGUGUGAGCAGGCGGGCAUGGACGGAGCGAUUUCCAAGCCCAUUGUGGCCCAGGAUUUGCUAUCCGUCCUCAGAUCUGCGGGGUUCGCUGCUCCCACUGCUGCUGGUGCCACUUGA